AUUCGUUGCCCGCGAUUCGUCGAGCGUUCACGUCGUUGCUGCCACAACAGGCACGGAUGAUUACACCGGUCGAUCGUUUAAACAGUCGCCAUUUCACGCCCGUUCUUUCCUCAUUUUUCAUUCUACCGAAUCUCACCGGUUUCGGUGAUUCGACGAUAAAACUGCGACGCUGGAAAAUUGUUGAAACAAGGAGAGAUCGGUGCAGUGACGACAUAGGCUGGACUUGCCGAUGUACCGUUAAAAGCGACGAACGACGCCUCGUUACAUCGGCGAUCGCUUACUCGCGCGCUGGCAAAAAGAGAGGCGAGAGAAGCGUGUUGGUUGCGGCAGGUCACGAGGAACGGGUCUUAAGAUGGCCUACAUUAUCCAGCCUUAUCGGUGAGAGAAAGAAACAGGGGAAGGAGAGGAAGAAGAAGAAGAGGAGAAGAGCACCACGUGGCGGGAGAAACGGUCGAGAUAAUAGCCGGACAGAAAGAAAAAUGGGACAAGCUUGGUGCAAGGAGAAGACCUCGAAGGCACAGGACUCCAAGUCUCCUCUGGAUCGAGUCUUCGUACGUUGCGCGCAUCGGAUCUACCCCAGCUUGAAGGAAGAGGGAUCGGUGCUGGGCGGUGGGACGCAAAGAGUGACAAGCUCCGAAAUAGGGUACGCUGGUUCGCCGCCAAGGGAAGCGCUGACCAGAGGGAGAAGCAUAGACUCCGUGGACAGGCCCUUUCAUCCGAGCGACUGGGUCGACGUGAACCUCGAAGUUCCCAGCACACCGAGGGCGGCCUCGGUGCUCACCAAUUUAACCGUCGACACGAACCUCUAUCCGGCCGCCACCCCAACGUCCAGCUGUUCGAAUCUAAAGGACGUGACACCGAUUCCACCGCCGAGACGUCGAAAGCGGAACAAGGGCAGGCCUUUGCCACCUAAACCGGACGAGGUGGGCACGGAGAACUCGUCCAACGGGCCCGUGGACCGCACGGAGACCGGCAACGAGCCGUUAUACUCGUCGGUGAGGUCGCCGAAAAGCAGCGGGGACGAGCAGGAGGCGGAAGAGAAGGCGAGGCCGCACGAGGACGGGGGGAAAAGGGCAAAGGAGAUUUACGAACACAAGGUUAACGGAACCGGGAGAAUAAUACCGAGCGACGUGGUUUCCGGGAGAAGGUGUUACGAGAGCGGGGGUGAGCAGCAGCGCAGGGCUGGGCGCGAAAGCGACGAGUACGAGAGAUUCGCCAACAGCCGCACGAGCAGAGAUUCCUCCACUCCGAAGCGCGAGGAGAAGAGAAAAUGGAGGCAGGCGGAGAAGCGAGUGGAGGAAGGGAGCGGCAACGCGAGGUACAAACACUUGAGCACCGUCAGCCUGCCGAAUUACGACGAGUUGGACGCGACCAGGCAUCGAUCGAGGCAAGCGGACGAGUCGACCUUCGAGGUCUCCCCCCGCCCGAGGAGGCCCGUCAGGAGCAGCACCGUAUCGCUUCCGGCCGAAUCCUUCCUCUCCCCAUUUUCCGAGAAAACGAGCGUGCGAUUGGAGGAUUACGUUCCAAGGUCCGGUAACCUAUCGCCCUAUCAGGUUAUAGAGAAGUUGAGCAGAGCGAACGGGAUGGUGAAAGAAUACGAGUACGUAAAGUACGACUCGAGCGGAGGGGAGCAUUGGGAAUUAAGCGACAUCGGAUACUCGGAAAUUCAGGAUAAGAGUUGGGACGAGGACGCGGAGAAGGAGGUCGACCCCUCGAUCGGCCGAGAAGACGACGAAAGGAGAUCCCCUUCGACGAACGGCCGCGUUCCCGAAUCUCCCGUCUACUCGGAGAAGCCCGAAGCGUUUGGAAAAACGGGAUCCCCGCUGGUCGACCAACCGGAACUCGCCCAAGUCGAUCCAAAUAGAUCUCACGCGAGAUACUAUGAUCCACCCACCAUGGCAAACUGUUGCAAAAUUAUCGGCGAGCCGUUUUUCUUGGACGAGGCGAAACAUCGUUCCGUUUUAGAUACGAUCGGCGGGUCGAGCGAGGAAGGGAAAUCCGACCGAUCGAGGACCGCGUCGUGUCGGGCGGACCCCGAGGAGGAGGCCGAGUUAAGCUCCACCGCUCUGAUCAGAACCAUCUCCGAGGAGUCGUUGCCGCGCGAGAUGCUCGAGGAGCCGGACGACUUCUUCGACGAGAAACUCGCCAAGGACGCGCGCAACAACAUGAAGAAGUGUCUGGACGAUUGGAGGACGAGCGGCACACCGCCGCCCAGCCCCGAGCCCAGGACCAAAUCCGCCGUCCUCGACCCCGAUCACUCCACCCUGUUCAAAAUCCUGAGGGAGGAGGCGGCGGAGGAGAGCAACGUGAGCUCCAUGACGCCCAGCCUCACCGAGUUGGAGGCCGCCUUGUCCGACAUGUUGGAGAAGGAGGAGCCGCAGGAAGGCGGGAGCAGAGCCAACAACGAACAGAUCCCGAAAAUAUUGGAGCCCGUGAUCGAGGAGUCGAGCAACAAGGAUCGAAACGGGGCGAGGUCGGCCGAGGCGGGGGAGAGGAGUCGAUUCACGACGGACGAGAGGAAGGCGACGAGGGUGGCAGGGUCUCGAAAGGUCUCCUUCUGCUCGUGGGAAGAGUCGAUCGCGGCGGCCGACUCUCGUCGAUCGGAAGCUGGACCGAAUCCGGAGAACGAGCAGUCCUUUUCCACCGAUAUCCCGCCAAAGAAACCCAACAGAUCGAACAAAAGCUCGGAGGAGGAUUUCUCGGAUCUCGUCCCGACACCCCCUCGAAGGAAGAACAAGAGCGGGCUCGGCGUGGCGAGGAGGGAAGCCGAGACGGCGCAAAACGGCACCACCGCGCCCGACCACCACCUCCACAACGACAGACUUAUCUAAUCGUCGUUCGACAACGUCACUGUUCCGCGCUUACGAAACGAACGAGAAAUCAACCAUUCCGCCGCGAUCGCACCAUUGUAUAUAUCUUUCUGUAUAUGUAUAUCUUAUGUAUCUAUCCGUGUAUGUACAAUACAUGAUCGUUUCGA